AGUGCAGCUGCUGUAGUACGUGUAGUUGGUGUAGUUAGCGUAGUUGGCGUAGUUACUGUAGUUGGUGUAGUAUAUGUGGUUGGUGUACUAUGUGUAGUAUAUGUAGUUGGUGUAGUAUAUGUAGUUGGUGUAUGUAGUUAGUGUAGUUGAUGUAGUAUGUGUAGUUGGUGUAGUUACUGUAGUUGGUGUAGUUACUGUAGUUGCUGUAGAUGGUGUAGUAUUUGUAGUUGGUGUAGUUAGUGUAGUUGGUGUAGUUAGAGUAGUUGGUUUAGUUGCUGUAGUUGGUGUAGUUUGUGUAGUUGGUAUAGUUGGUGUAGUUGGUGUAGUAUAUGUAGUUGGCGUAGUUAGUGUAGUUAGAGUAGUAUAUGUAGGUUGUGUAGUAUGUAUAGUUGGUGUAGUACAUGUAGUUGGUGUAGUUAGUGUAGUUAGUGUAGUUAGUGUAGUUAGUGUAGUUGCUGUAGUAUAUGUAGUUGGUGUAGUUAGUGCAGUUGCUGUAGUAUGUGUAGUUGGUCUAGUAUCUUUAGUUGGUGUAGUUAGUGUAGUACAUGUGGUUGGUGUAAUUAUUCUAGUUGGUGUAGUAUACGUAGUUGGCGUAGUUACUGUAGUUGGUGUAGCAUAUGUAGUUGGUGUAGUAUGUUUAGUUGGUGUAGUUAGUGUAGUACAUGUGGUUGAUGUAGUUAGUGUAGUUGGUGUAGUACAGUAAAAACCCGCAACUAAGAACCUAAAAAUUAAGAACCUGUUAGCCUAAAAUUGGUCAUUUAUACCCCCUAUAAACAAGAACCUAUUAAGCCUAAGAAAUUUAAAACAGGUUCUUAUUUUCUAAAAUCAUACUAGUACAUUACAGCUGCAUUGCAAGAAUCAUAUUUGAAGCAAAAAAAAGCAGAUUGCCAUUGUUGUAAAAAUGUUUUUUAAAGAAAAAUGAGUGUAAGAUAUGUUUUUUGGGGGGGGUGGGGGGUGGGGUGGGGCUGAAGGAAAUAAAAGUAUAGGCUAAUGACCAACUUGUUUGCAGCUGUGUUUUAAUUGUUUUUUCUCCAAGAUUAAGAACCCAUUUUAAGAACCUAAGGGACUGGUCAAAAAGUAUAGGCGGGGGUGGGCCGGAGCAGAGAGGGGGUGGGUCAUGAGGUUUUGAGCCUUGUCGAAGGGGUGGGUCGUGCAAUUUUCAGCUACCCUUAAGGGGUGGGUCACCCUAUUUCAUUACAUAGAUAAGCACUAAGUACUAACGAGACAGUUGACCACACUUGUUAUAUAAAACACAGCCAGCUGGAAUUAUUGCUAUAAUACUCACAAACCUGUUGUGCGAGAAAAUGUAACGGGUGACAGGCCGCACAUGCAUCUAUACGGGUGUGAAACCCUUUGUUAACCUUUUUUUUUUUUUUGCUCUAACGAGCAUGUCCUUUAAUGAUUUUCCUUUUUUUUAAGGAAAUGAUUGGUGGUUCCUCAAAAAGUUAUGGAAGGUAUGGUUGGUUUUGUAUAAGAUCCCAUUUUUAUUAUUCAAGCUUUUCUUUAUUGUAGACAUUGAGGGUUGGCAUUGUGUCACAAAUGGCCAUAUUUUUUUUUCCUCCUUGUAUGUUUUGUUUUGGGAGUUUAGACUCGUUUUUGUGAAUUUUAUUUCUGAUAGUAGGUCUUCUAUCAAAGUUUGUGGGUAGCCUCUGUCCAUCGAGCGUUUUUUUUUGUUAAAUUUUCCUCAAAGGUUGUUUCUGAGGAGUUUUUUCGUAGGAUUCUCAAGGCUUCUCCUUUGACAAAUCCUUUUUUAACACUUGGAGGGUGACACAAGGUGAAAUGUGUGUGCAAGAAGGUUUCUGUUUGUUUAAAAUGUGUCUUUGCAUCAAGGAUAGAUAUUUUCUUGAAUCUUGUGCCUUUGUAUACAACCGUGUCUAAAAACGCUGCAUCUCAGUGUCAAAUGUUUCGGCGGUUAAUUUAAAAGUUGGGUGAUGUAAGUUUGCUUGUUCAAUGAAGGCUUCGAUGUCUGCUUUACUUAUGUCCCAUAGGGAAAAGAUAUCGUGUAUGUAGCAUUUCCAAACUGUUGUUCUAAGGACAGUUUUGCUUAGAGUUAUUGUUUCAAUAAUUAUAUGUCAUGAAAAUAUUGGCAAAGGAAUCAAAACUGCUGUCUUUGUGCCCAUUGCAGUUCCAUGGUUUUGUAGGUAGUGCUUUCCAUUGAAGUGGAAGAAAUUUUCUUUGAGGAUUAAUCUAAGAAUUUCCGGCAAGUAAUGUGUAGGAAUGGGUUGUCUUUGUAGAAAUUUUCAUAUGCUUUGUGACAGAAAAUUUCAAUAUACCCUCGUUUUGCUGUAUAUUUGUGUCAAGACUCAAAACGUCCAUCGAAACAAGAAAUGUUCGGUUUUUCACAUUUGUCUUUUCAGUGAAAGGUAUGAUUUCUGUGAUUUUGAUAUUGGUUGUAGCAGUGUAUCAACAAAUUUUGUCAAGCACAGAACAAGGUUAGGCCAUCCUCUUUUUCUUUCUCCGUUUACCGUCAUCCGACCGACCCAAAUAUUUGGCAUUUUCAAAACAAAAAAAAGUAACGACGUAGUUACACCAUUUUUCACUUGAAAUAAUUCUUUUAACCUCAAAAAUGAGCACAGUAGCAGCAUAGAGAAAAACAGGAACAAAACAUGAACAUUUUUCACAGUAUAUUGUACAUUUUGUUAAUCCAAAUAUGUGAAUGUUAACUUUUAACGUCGUCCUGGGGUACCAGGGCUUACUAUUCCGAGACUUCUUGUGAUUUAUUUUUUAGGUUUUUUUUUUUUUCAAUCCGACCGACCGACCCAAUAUCAGGAAACGCGUUCGACGGUAAACGAAGAAAAAAAAGGGGAUGGCCUUAGAGGAAACCAAACAUCCAUGUUUUAACUAGGGGGUGGGUCAUGCAAUUUCCAACCUUGCUUUAGGGGUGGGUCAGACAUUUUUGUGCCGAAGGGAGGGGGUGGGUCAUGUGUUUUUUAUCAGCCACAUUUCCAAAUGCUCCGGCCCACCCCCCCCUAUACUUUUUGACCAGUCCCUAAAUAGCCUAAAAUUCUGUUAAACACCAUUUAUAUAAGAACCUGUUUAGGCUAACUCCCAAAAAUGUAGGUUCUUAGUUGCGGGUUUUUACUGUAUACGUAGUUGGCGUAGUUACUGUAGUUGGUGUAGUAUAUGUUGUUGGUGUAGUAUGUUUAGUUGGUGUAGUUAGUGUAGUAUAUGUGGUUGGCGUAGUUAGUGUAGUUGGUGUAGUAUACGUAGUUGGUGUAGUAUAUGUAGUUAAUGUUGUUGGGUUAGUUAGUGUAGUUUGUAUAGUUACUGUAGUUGGUAUAGUAUAUGUAGUUGGUGUAGUUACUGUGGUUGGUGUAGUAUGUGUAGUUAGUGUACUUUGUGUAGUUAAUGUAGUAUAUGUAGUUGGUGUAGUUAGUGUAGUUGGUGUAGUAUAUGUAGUUGGUGUAGUAUGUGUAGUUGGUGCGGUUAGCGUUGUUGUUGUAGUUGCUGUAGAUGGUGUAAUUACUGAAGCCGGUGUAGUAGUUGUAGUUGGUGUAGUAGUUGUAGUAUGUGUAGUUUCUCUUGACUAGUAGGUUUAGUUGGUGUAGUGGCUCUAGUUGAUGUAGUAGCUGUAGGUGGUGUAAUUUGGUGUACUUGGUGUAGUUUUGUGUAGUAGAUGUAGUUUGGUGUAGUUUUGUGUAGUUGGUUUAGUUUGGUGUAGUUAGUGUAGUUUGGUGUAGUUGGUUUAGUUUGGUGUAGUUGGUGUAGUUUGAUGUAGUUGUGUGUAGUUGGUGUAGUUUGGUGUAGUUUGGUCUAGUAGGUGUAGUUUGGUGUAGUUUUUGUGUAGUUAGUUUAAUUUGGUGUAGUUUUGUGUAGUUGGUGUAGUUUGGUGUAGUAGGUGUAGUUUGGUGUAGGUUGGUGUAGUUUUGUGUAGUUGGUGUAGUUUGGUGUAGUUUUGUGUAGUUUGGUGUAGUAGGUGUAGUUUGGUGUACUUUUUGGUAGUUGGUGUAGUUUGGUUUAGUUUGGUUUAGUAGGUGUAGUUUGGUGUAGUUUUGUGUAGUUGGUUUAGUUUGGUGUAGUUGGUGUAGUUUGGUGUAGUUGUGUGUAGUUGCUGUAGUUUGGUGUAGUUUGGUCUAGUAGGUGUAGUUUGGUGUAGUUUUGUGUAGUUGGUGUCGUUUGGUUUAAUUGGUGUAGCUUGAUGUAGUUUAGUGUAGGUUGAUGUAGUUUGGUGUAGUUGGUGUAGUUUGGUGUAGUUUAGUGUAGUUACUGUCAUGGGCGGAUCCAGGAUUUUUUUUAGGAGGGGGUGCAUUCGUCUCUUGCUCUACCUCAACACCAAUAAACCACAUAGUUUUUUUUUUGCAGAAUACCAGUUGUAUUAGAAAACCGGAGGUCAUCUGGGGGGGGUGUGCACCCCCUGCACCCUCCCCUAGAUCCGCCCCUGACUGUAGUUGCUGUAGGACAUUUAUGGUGGUGAUUUGCUAACACCUGUGAAAUCUAAUGCAACUUUCUGAAGGUUGCUUCUUUGGGAGGCUCCUUACUUUCCGAAACUUAACGGUAAUAUACCAAUGAGGUGUUUAUUACUGUGAUCAUCUACCCAACAUAAUAGACAAGAAAUCUAAAAAUAAUUUUACCUGUUGGAAGCCUUAUAACAAGGUAAAUCGAUCAUGAUAAUAUUUCAAAAUAAGCGAGUUAACAAAGCAACAUUAUUUCAUUAGACAAACAACAACAACACCCAUAAAAUAAAAAAUAUAUAUAUAUUAAACAGACAAAGCGCCGAUGACACACACAACAGUUUUUUACAUAUACAACUACACUAACUACACUAUCUACACCAACUACAGCAACUACACUAACUACACUUACUAGACUAACUACACAUACUACACUAACUACAUAUACCACACCAACUACACUAACUACACCAACUACACUAACUACACCAACUACACAUACUACACCAACUACAGCAACUACACCAACCACGUAUACUACACCAACUACAGUAACUAUACAAACCACACUAACUACACCAACUACACAUGCUACACCAACUACACCAGCUACACAUACUACAGCAACUACACUAACUACACCAACUACAUAUACUACACCAACUACACUAACUACACUAACUACACUAACUACAUAUAACACACCAACUACCUAUACUACACCAACUAGAGUAAACACGCUAACUACACUACCUACACCAACUACACAAACUACACCAACUGCACCAACAACACCAACUACAGCAACUACAUUUACUACACCAACUACACUAACUACAACAACUACACUAACUACACAUACUACACCAACUACAUAAACUACACCGACUACACUAGCUGCGUUAACUACACAUACUACAGCAACUACAGCAACUACAGCAACUACAUAUACUACAGCAACUCCACCAACUACACUAACUACACCACCUACACCAACUACACUAACUAUACCAACUUCACAUACUACACAAACUACAUAUACUACACCAACUACAGUAAUUACACCAACUACAGUAACUAUAGAAACUACACUAACUACACCAACUACACUAACUACACAUACUACACCAACUACAUAUACUACACCAACUACACUAACUACACCAACUACAGCAAGUACACCAACUACAGUAGCUAUACAAACUACACUAACUACACUAACUACACCAACUACAUUAACUACACCAACUACGUAUACAGCAACUACACACACUACAUAUACUACAGCAACUACACCAACUACACUAACUACACCAACUACACUAACUACACACCAACUACAUAUACUACACCAACUAGAGUGACUAUACAAACUACACUAACUACACCAACUACACAUACUACACCAACUACAGUAACUGCACAAACUACACUAACUACACCAACUACACAUACUACACCAACGACAGCAACUACACUAACUACAUAUAUUACAGCAACUGCACCAUCUACAGUAACUACACUAAGUACACCAACUACACAUACUACACAAACUACAUAUACUACACCAACUACACUAACUACACCAACUACAGCAACUACCCUUACUACAUAUACUACACUAACUACACACACUACACCAACUACAUAUACUACACCAACCACACUAACUACACCAACUACACAUACUACAGCAACUACACCAACCACGUAUACUACACCAACUACAGUAACUAUACAAACUACACUAACUAGACAUACUACGCCAACUACACCAACUACACCAACUAAUCUAACUAUACCAACUACACAAAACUACACCAACUACACAUACUACACCAACUACAUAUACUACACCAACUACACAAACUACAGCAACUACACAUACCACACCAACUACAGCAACUACACCAACCACGUAUACUACACCAACUACACAAAAGUACACCAACUACACAUACUAUACCAACUACCAACUACAUAUACUACACCAACUACACUAACUACACCAACUACACAUACUCCACCAACUACAGCAACUACGCCAACUACACUAACUACACCAGCUACAGCAACUUCACCAAGACUCUAACUGCACCAACUACACCAAACAUCAACUUUGACAUAGUGGGCAAAGUGGUCAUGGAAUGUCCCUAUAUUCGUUACGGUUGUCAUGAACCCAUUACCAAAUAACAUGGAACAUACAUGUACCAAUCAUUCUCUGGGGAGACUCCCAUAUGAAAGGAGCGGGGAUGCUCGUGGGAAAUUUUGAAUUAAACCCUUAAAGGAGAUCUGGGCGUGGCCCAACCUUUUUUUGACCCCUAAAUGUGAUCAUUUUAAACUUUGAUUACAUGAAUCAGGUAAAUAAAACGAAUUGAAAAUAUAUAAUUUUUUAAUAUUUCUUCGAGUCCAACCCUAAAAGAGACCUUUACGGCUAAAUAUAAUGGUGUCCGGGCAAUCAUUAUGCGUUCAAGAUAUUACUGAAUCUAGGUAAUUUGGCUACCUAUGACUUUUGCCUAGCAAUGGCUCCUAUGGACACGCUUGAGCAAAGACGUACCCUGCAAUCACUUAUUCUAUUUUUAAAUGUUUUAAACUAGAUGGCCUAAAUUAUAUCUCCCAAUUUUUUUACAUUUCGGUUAAUUUACGAGGCAGUGGCUUAAAUGUUGUGUAGCCUCCAUAUAAUAGCCUUGUCAUGCAUAACACCUAUUUGUAGAUGAUUGCCCACAUGUGGAAUCAGUUACCAGCUGUCACCAAAUCCUCGACCACUAGCACAAUUUCGUGCUCGCCUGAAUAAUGUUAAUUGCACAAGGUGCCAGUGCAUGAACUGUAUACAAUUUUAUCUAUUUUUACAUUUUUACAUACUCUUGAGUUAGUUUAUAGAUAUAUAUAUGUAUUUUAAAUAUGUUAAUCAGUUUAUAAUUAGGAUUAGUCCAUUUUAAACUAUUUUUACUGCAUGUACUUAGGUUUUUUAGGGUUUUUUUUCACAAAAAAAGUCCCAUAAAAAUUUUCCCAAACUUACAAUGUACUUAAUAGUUAGGUUUUUUAUAUUUGUAUAAGCAUAAUUCUCAUUUUAUCUUGUUUUGUGUUUUUAAUUUGUCCAGCGUUUUUAACACGAGUCUCUGGUUCGGAAAAUUGUGCAAACGCUUCCUACGCCUUCGACCCCUUCCUGGCAAUCUUCUUUUGUGGGUCAGCAGUAGUGGCAAAAUUAGGGAUAAAUGUGAAUCCCAUGUUUGCUCAGCCCCAUGAAAACUAUUUUGGUCAUACGAAAUGUGCAUUUGUCAGCAUUCAGGGUUAAGUUCUUCUCCUCAAGCCUCUCCAAAACCUUUAUAAUCAAAUUCUUGCCAUUCCGCGCGUGCACAACAAGAUCAUCAGCUAUGUUAGCUACACCAUUCAAACCUGCCAUUGAUUGAGUGAUAAUAUGCUGAUACUUCUCAGGAGGAAUAUUAAUGCCGAACUUUUAUAUCUCUUGUCUCUGAAAAUCCCAUCAUCGGUAGCAAACGCAGUAGUGUCCCUUGAACUACUGUCUAAUUCAAUUUGAUGAAAAACCCAGCGCAAGUCAAGUUUGGAAAAUACUGUACUCCCAUUUAGACUUUCUUAUACCUCAUCAACUGUAGUUAUCGGCAAUCUCUCACACACUAUAGCUUCAUUGGUUCUUCUCAUGUCAACACAUAAGCGAAUGUCCUCUGAUGGCUUUGGUAUGACCGCGACUGGGCUAACCCACCUAGUAGGAUCCUCUACCUUUUCAAUGAUGUCAUGUUCAAGGAGUUCAUUAAUAUUUGCUGUCACUUUAUCCUUAAGAGAGAAAGGAACUCUUUGCAUCUUUUGAAUAAGUGGUGUCAUCUGAGAAUCAAUAUAUAUAUAUAUUUUUUAAUAACUGAUUUAUUAAACAUGAUUGAACACAACAUUACAAUAAACUUUACAAUAACAGGUCGGCAAAUAAAAAGGAGGCCAAACAGUAAAAAAUAAAAUAAAAUAAACAAAAUAAACAAACAAGCAGAAAAAAAGCGAAAUACGAAGCUUCUACAGAUUAACAACAACAAGCAGAACAAAUAGAAAAAUGUUUGCUAAAUUACUAUAAAUCCAACACUAAUCAGAAAUGCACAGCGUGGUCCACUUAUUUCUGUAUUUGUUAAGAUUUACGUUUGUUAUUGCAAUUUCUCUUUCGCACUGGAUUUUAAUUUCCAGGAGAACAAUGAAAACUUCCAGCUCUGGGGUCUCAAACUUGUUUCUAGCUAAGUAAACGUAAUAUCUAGCAUUUAAGAGAUAAUGGUUAAAAGUAUGAAAGCUGUUAGAUCCAGGUUUGUAUCCAUAAAGAACUUCCGUUGGAUUGGGAUUUAUGUUUUAGGAACGUUUACGAUUCCCCCAAUCUAUGACUUUUUCCCAAAAACUUUUUACCGCAGGACACUCGUAAAAUAAAAGUGGUAAUAGUUUCACAAGGAGCAUCACAUUGUUUGCAUUUUGGAGAAGAUUUAACAUCCAUUUUCCAAGGGCGUUGGUUGGUCGGAAGAAUAUCGUGGAUGAGUUUGAACUGAAAACUUCUUAGCUUAUUUUCAAUGGUGAUUUUGAAUGGAAGUUCAUAUACGGCACCAGGAAAGAAUGUUUGUUCUCUUAAAUAGGAUUCAGUUAAUGGAAGGCAGAAAGAUUUCUCAGCAAACAUUAGUCGAGCAUAUUUUGCUGAAACAUUUCCAACGGUUAGUCGUAUUACCUUUGCUUCGUUGCAUUUGUGUGUUCCUGAUUGCCAUGUAAGAUAGCAUUUUUCUAAUCUUUAGGAAUCGCGGCCAGGAGACCACCGUAAUCGAGAAAGGUACCACGAAUGUUAAAAGUAUCUUUAAGGUCUUGGAAAGAUAGGAAGUUAUCGUUAGCAUUGAGGAUAUCUUUGAUUCUUAAAAUGCCUUUACUAACCCAUGCUUUGUAAAAAACCGUCUUUCCGCCGAUCUUAAUAAAGCGGUUAUUCCAAAGUAUUUCCUCUUUAAUUUCAUUAACACUAAGGGGUACCUUGGAAUGAAGGAUCUGCCAGACCGUUAAAAUGUUCCUAUAAAAGAGGGGGAGACUGUUGAUAGGAGACAAUUCUGUCGUUGUAUCAUAGGGGUCAGCGAUGUUCCGCGUGGGCCUAUUGUAUGUGUAAAACGAUGAUGGCUGAAUGUGCUUUGAGAAUAAAGUGUUGUGUUCUCGAAAGCUGUUGUUCCUUUGAUGGGAGCUUACCCAGCCGGUUAACAAGACCUUCUAGGUCUAAGAAUUUCAAAUCGUAAUUACACUGAAACAAAAAAGAGCCUCCGAAUUUUUCAAGAUGAGAGUCAAGAAGCGCGCACCAAUGAUGACCAUCCGAUGAACAAUAGCGAUUUACCCAGGCAGCUUUAAGAGAUUUUUCUAAGUCCGUGAAAUUGACCAUGUUAGGGCUACCUUUGGAGACUGGGCUGGGCUGGUUCUUUUGAUUUUAUCAGGCUUAAAGUUCCACAUGAAAGGGAAAAUGACCUUAUUAACUUCUUUAGCAAAAUCGGUCGGAGUAUCAAGUACAGAGCAAUUAUAAACAAGUUUAGACAGUGCUAAUGUUUUGACAAUAGCAAUUCGCCCCAGGAUUGACAAGCGCCGACCUGACCAAAGUUUUAACA